GUCACUUCCUGCCCCCGUGCCCAUCCGGCUCCGGGGUCAGCGGUCGUCGCUGUGGCGGGACAGCGGCGAGUAAAGUUUAAUUCGGGGAGGGAGAAGCCGCCCGUCCUCUCCAGCAGAAGCGAGCUGCUGGAUGUAGAUUAAAAGUGGGUCGUGCGCACGGAAAAUGCCUUUAAGGGACAAGUGUUGUCAGACUGACCACCAUCACCAUGGAUGCUGUGAGCCAGUACAUCUGUUGGAACCUGGUGAUCCUCCAUUACUGCAGCAGCCUCUGCAAACGUCAAAAUCUGGCAUUCAGCAAAUCAUUGAGUGUUUUCGAUCAGGAACGAAACAACUUAAACAUAUCUUGUUAAAAGAUGUGGACACCAUUUUUGAGUGUAAACUGUGCCGGAGUCUCUUCAGAGGAUUACCAAAUUUAAUUACUCAUAAAAAGUUUUAUUGUCCUCCAAGUCUCCAGAUGGAUGAUAACCUCCCAGAUAUAAAAGAUAAGCAGAGUCAAGCCAUAAAUAACCUUCUUGAAGCCAUCUAUCCACGGGUAGAUAAGCAAGAAUAUGUGAUUACAUUGGAACCUAUAGAAACUAAUCAAAAUGCUGUAUUUCAAUAUGUGUCAAGGACUGAUAACCCAGAUGAGAACACAGAAAGUAGCCAUACCCCUGAUCAAGCUCCAGUACAGGUACAGGAAGCCAGCACUGAGCAACCCAAGACUGUUUCAGCUCCAGCGCCAGUCCUAGCUGGGGAGACAGUAGAAUUACCUCCUGCUGAUCCUGUUACAAACAAGGUGAUACCUACUCCUGAAGAACAGCCUCCAGCAGUAAAUCCCGAGUUGGACUCUCUGGAUAAUUCUGAUUAUGGCCACCAGUUGAUUUGUUGCCUUUGUAGGAAAGAAUUUCAUUCAAGACGCAGUGUACGCCGGCACAUUCGAAAAGUGCACAAAAAAAAGAUGGAAGAGCUAAAGAAGUACAUAGAAACAAAAAAGAAACCUAACCAAUGCUCUGCAAAAGGACGAAAUAAGAAUGUUCUUGUAGCAUUAGGUAGAAGUUGUCCUGUAUGUUAUAAGUCGUUUGCUACAAAAGCCAACGUAAGGAGGCAUUUUGAUGAAGUUCAUAGAGGAUUAAGGAGGGAUUCCAUUACUCCUGAUAUAGCUACCAAGCCUGGGCAACCUUUGUUCUUGGAUACAGUUUCUGCUAAAAAAUCUUUUAAGACCCGAAAACAAAAGUCAUCUGCAAAGGCUGAAUACAAUUUAACUGCAUGCAAGUGCCUUCUGUGCAAGAGAAAAUAUAGUUCACAAAUAAUGCUGAAAAGGCACAUGCAAAUUGUUCACAAGAUAACUCUUUCUGGAAAGAACUCUAAAAGAGAGAAAGGACCCAACAAUACUGCCAAUGGCACAGAAAUAAAAGUUGAAUCAGCGGAUUCUGUAGAACCUUCACCCCCUUCCAUUGCUCUUUCUCCACAGCAUGAAUUAAAGGGAACAAAUCAUUCAAAUGAGAAAAAGAACACACCGUCAGCACAGAAAAAUAAAGUUAAACAAGACCCUGAAAACCCUAAAUCAACUUCCAAAUCAACCACUAAAUCAACCUGCAAAUCAACCACUAAAUCAACCUCUAAAUCAACCAAUGCAUCUGCUGCAGGUGGCCAGCAAAAAAACAGGAAACCAAAACUUUCAGCUGGCUUUGACUUCAAGCAGCUUUACUGUAAACUCUGUAAACGUCAAUUUACUUCUAAACAGAACUUGACAAAGCAUAUUGAAUUACACACAGAUGGAAAUAAUAUUUAUGUUAAAUACUACAGGUGUCCACUCUGCUCUUACGAAACGCGUCGCAAACGUGAUGUGAUAAGGCAUAUAACUGUGGUUCAUAAAAAGUCACCACGCUACCUUGGGAAAAUAACUGCAAGUUUAGAAAUUAGGGCAAUUAAAAAGCCAAUUGAUCUUGUUCUAAAUAAGGUGACAAAAAGGGGCCCUCAGAGGGAUGAAACAAAACAGAUUGGUUCAAAACAGGAUGUCACCUCUAAUUCUCCCAGUAAAAAGUAUGAAGGAGCUGAUGUUGGCAUUGAAGUAAAAGUAACAAAAAACUUUUCUCUGCACCGAUGCAAUAAAUGUGGGAAAGCAUUUGCCAGAAAAGCUUUUCUAGAACAUCAUAAGAAAACCCACAAAGCAAAUGUAUCUCAUUCACCUGAAGAAAAUAAAACCAAAGGCAGAAGUACAAGAUCUAAAGCUGUUGUCUGGUGAGGAAAAAGAAAAAGUGUUUUGUCUUUUUUUUUGUCUUUUUUUUUUUUUCUUUAAACCCCAACAAUACCACUGCAUUUCUUUUACUGUUGUUGAUUUAUUACCAAAAACAUGGAUUUUCCCAUGGAUUUUAUGGUUUAGUCGCUUAAACGCAAAGCUAGAUGUCAAAUUUGUUUCUUAUAUUUUGGUUUUAGCAUUUUGGAAAAGAGUUAAAAUCUAAAUUUGUGAUUGUAGGAAGCUUGGAAUAUACAUUAAACUGUAUUGAGUCAACUCCUUAAAUUGUCUUAAGCAUCUGUUGUAAUCAAGCUAGAAUUUUUUAAAUCGUAAUUUUUUUAAAAUAACAAUGUUUUUGUUUGGUUUGGAUAACAUAACUUUUUAAUUAAUUUCAUUGUGACCAGCUGAAGAAGUACUAAAGGUACUACAGUAAAAGCUAUUAAAUGUCUAUGAACUUAUUGGAAUUAGCAUUUGGGAAUUUAAUAUUUAUUUUUUUAAUUUUAAUGUGUAUUGACUCUGUCAACAAAAGUGCAUAGAACAGUUUUUUGAAUGUAAUUUGAUUGCUUAAUUGCUUUGAUUUAAAUAAUUAUGGGUUAGGUGCCUGGAAACACCUUUGAAACCAUCAAAUUUAGGAUUUCAUUCUUUUAAUGCUUAUUUAUAUAAGCCCAGGUUUGGAAAUUACUGGUCAUUUAUUUGUUAAAAUUGGGGUUUUUUAAGCAUCAAAACGUAUAAAAGUAUGGCCAAGAAUUUUCUAAACUUAUGCUUCUAUGGCACUCUGGGAGUUUUUUACAUUUGGAGGGGUUGUAUUUGUAGUUUCUCUGUUUUCCAUAGCCUUCAUGUUAAAGGUGGCCUAUUUUUAAAGGGCUUAUUAUAAAAGGAAAUAUUCGUAUGCGGUCAGUUUGUAUUUCAGAGUGACCGACUGAUGCCUGAGAGUUGGGGGAUUGUACAAAAAGUUAUAAUGAAGAGAGAUAGUACAUGUGAUACACGGAUACUUGUAAGAGUUUUUAACAUCCUUAUUCAGAAUUAUCUUUCUAGCAUAUUUGGUAAAAAUAAAACCAAGUAUAUGUGCCUUGUUCUGUAUUUCAACUCUGAAAUGCUGUUUUCCAGGAGGUAAUUUGAUUUGCGUUCAGCUUUCCUAGUGAAUAACCACGCAGAUAUGUUAAAUUGUAAUGCAGUGCUUUUGUGGCUUUCUAACAAAUCCUGGCUAAGUGGGACAGAACUUCAAAAAUUAUCUAAGUUGGACCCUGAAUUGUGCUGAAUUUAAGAAUUAAAAAUUAGCCCUAUAAAUUAUUUAUGUUGUGUAAUUUUAAACAGAAUUAUAUGGGUAAACUCAAAGUAUUAAUUUACUCCCCUCUCUCUUCAGAUAGGUUCAAGUGGUGUUUGGAAAGUUUGAACUACACUUGAAUGAAAAAGGCUUUUUAAUUUGUUUUGGAACGGCUAAUUUUUGGUAAUGGUACUAUAAGGAGGAAGUAUUUUCAUAAGCUGGUUUUUUUCUUACUAUAUUAGUAACCACUCUGACUGCCUGUAGGACAGUGCCACCUCCCAAAGCACUGAAAUAGUUGAAAUGCACAUCCAUCGAAAUUAGCAGUUAUCUCUAUGCAGUUGUGGUUUGACACGGGAUAGAAAAAACUUUCCGAAUUUACAAAAAAGUACACCAGAGGCAAGUCAAUGAACAGCAGCUUUGGAAGAAGGUUUUUGUUCCUCAUUUAGGGAAUCAUCUUCAGAAAGUUCAUCAUCCAUACUGGUCCUUCCUGGUAGUGCUAAUUGAUGGACAGCUCAAGCUUUGUGAUACCCUACUUUGGUAAAUGUUGUGUUAUAUACUGUUUUAAAUUUAUUACAAAUGAAUGUAUAAGAGCAAACAAUGUAGUGUAUAUUGGCUGAAUUGUACUAAUUUUUAGUAUUUGCCAUAACAUCAGUUUGUUCAUAUUGACUAAUUUCCCAGUUCUGGGGCACGCUGAAUUUCAUGUGCUGAAGUAAGUUCAAAGAUCUUCAUGUUUCCAUAUAUGGUUCAUAGGAAAACUUUGUAAACAUCUAGGAAGUUUACAAGAAUAUCCACAUUCCUCUAUUCUUUAAUUUUUUUAAAAAAAAUUAUACACAAGCACUUUAAUGAUAGUUGCAGUUUAUUUUUUCAGUUUAUUUUUGAAAGAUCAACACACUAAUGUUAAUAUGAAGGUAGUGAAUAUUUGCUGAUGUAUCAUAGACAAUCUGUGCACAACCACUUAUAAUGUUAGCUUAUUUCAUUAAAUAUUAAUAAAAAGGGAGGAUAGUAUGGGAGAAUCUCAAAAUAUAUUUUCUCUCAAGAUCUUAAAUGACCACUGUGGGUAGCACUUGACUUUGUGUAAUUUGGAAAAUGUUUUAGAUACCUUUUUUUAACCUUUUAAUCAAGAUUGUAGUAAAACCAGUCGCAUGCCUGUCAUUAUGAAAUUCUUGGCACGUUUCAUGUGUCCAUGGGUUUGUUUUGUUUUGGUUUUUUGUUUGUUUGUUUGUUGGUUGGUUUUUGGUUUUGUUUUGUUAUUUUUUACCUUUUAGAAAAUGCUUUGUUUAGUGAUUUGUGUCAAAUUGUUACAAUUUGAAAGGUAUUGUACAUCGGAAGAAAUACCAUGUUUUUUAUAUAGGUUCACUCCCUUACUUAGGGAGGUGCCUCAUGUUCAUAUAUACUUUUUGUAUAAAAUAUAUCUAAAUGUUGAUCACAAGAUCAGGAGUAAAAAUACUUUUAUGGAUAGAGAACUAUUUGGCCCUGUUAGUGCAUUGCACUAAAAAUACUGUGAAUGGGAACUGAGAUUGUAGCUGUUGCUCAAAAUGUUCUAUAUUGAAUGUACAUGCUUUUGUUUGGAUAAAUGUGCUGUAUUUGAUGGAAAAUAAAGCAGACUGGAAAUGAUUUUAAGUGGGCAUAAACAAAAUGAUGAUAUGUUUGUAAACUUGGAAUAUCUGUCACUCUGCAAUCGGAAAUUACAUUGUUUGCAUUUUGUAAAGUUUUAUUUGUUGAUCACUGAAGCUAGUUGUUUGUAAUAUUCUGUUGUAAUAAA